AGAUCUUAUUUCCAGGUGGGUGUGCAUUGGUAGGCCCUCUUAAGCCUGUCUUCAUUGCCUAUAGAUUCCUAUAAGUUUUGGUCUUUGCAAUUGCAACACCCACUUGGAUUUUAGAUUUCCCUCUCUACAUAAUAGAAUGUGCUAAUGUGGAUUCACAUGAGCAGCAGCAGGAGGGGUAGAGAUUCUGCAAUGCAGGAUGUUAGGGUAGUUGUUUUGCUUGUAUUGGGGUUUGCAAUUUUUGCACAUUGCCAUUUUGUGGAGUCUAGGAGGAAAGUAUCAAAUGAAGAAGCAAAGUACAGUAGUCACAGGCAGCUCUUGUACUACACGGAUGGAUCUGGGGAAAGAGGGGAAAAGGUAGAAGUUGAUCCCAGCUUGAAGUUUCCAAAUUCAAGGCUGGAGAAUGCCUACAUUGCUCUCCAGGCCUGGAAGGAAGCAAUCAUUUCAGACCCAUUUAACACAACAGGCAACUGGUUUGGUGCUGAUGUAUGUAACUACACUGGUGUGUUCUGUUCCCCUGCAUUGGAUAAUCCAAACAUCACUGUUGUAGCAGGCAUUGAUCUCAACCAUGCAGACAUUGCAGGGUAUCUCCCUGUGGAGCUUGGGCUUCUUACAGAUCUGGCAUUCUUCCAUAUCAAUUCCAACAGGAUCUGUGGGAUUGUGCCUCAUACCUUUGUGAAUAUGACAGAGCUGUUUGAGUUUGAUAUCAGCAACAACAGGUUUGCUGGGCCAUUCCCAUUGGUGGUGCUCUCCAUGCCUAAAUUGCAGUAUUUGGACAUUCGAUUCAAUGAGUUUGAAGGGUCCCUACCAGAGGAGCUGUUUGACAAGGAUCUGGAUGCCAUCUUCAUCAAUGACAACAGGUUCCAUCUUGAAAUCCCUUCCAACCUUGGAAAUUCCCCUGUUUCUGUUCUUGUAUUUGCCAACAAUAAUCUCAAGGGAUGCCUACCUCCUAGCUUGACUCAGAUGGAUUCACUCAAUGAGUUAAUCUUCAUGAACAACAAUUUGUCAGCCUGUCUGCCAUCUACUAUUGGAAAUCUGAGAAACUUAACAGUUUUUGAUAUUAGCUUUAAUAAGCUAGUUGGCUCUAUACCAGAUAGCAUUGGAGAGAUGGUUAGCUUGGAACAAUUGAAUAUUGCUCACAACAAGCUAUCUGGAAGGAUCCCAGAGAGCAUUUGUGCACUGCCUAAUUUGGAGAACUUUACAUUCACCUACAAUAUAUUCAAUGGAGAGGCACCUAAUUGUCUUGCCCUUCCUUCCAAAGGUGUUACCUUCAAUGAUGCAAAUAACUGUAUUCCUGGCAGGCCUUCUCAGAGGUCAUUCAUGCAAUGUGCUGCAGUCCUUUCUCAACCUAUGGGUUGCAAUGCAUCUAAUUCAUGUAAUCCAGUCAAGCUACCUCCACCCCCACCUACUCCUUCCCCACCCCCUCCGCCACCCUCUCCUCCUCCACCACCACCACCUGUUUACUGUGUUAAUCCACCUCCACCUCCACCUCAUGCUCCACCAUCCCCCCUACCACCCAUGCCCUCACCUCCACCACCAUCUCAUCCAUCUCCUCUUCCUCCUCCUCCAAAUGAACCCCCUCCUCCCCCUCCAUGUAUUCAGCCCCCACCGCCACCACCACCACCUCCACCUCAUGCUCCACCAUCCCCCCUACCACCCAUGCCCUCACCUCCACCUCCAUCUCAUCCAUCUCCUCCUCCCCCUCCACAUAUUCAGCCCCCGCUGCCGCCACCACCUUGCAUCAGGCCCCCACCACCUCCCCCACCACCUUGCCAUGCAGAACCAGCACCAGCACCAGCACAAGGAUCUCUUCCCCCAACUAGGCCACCCACAUAAACUCUUGGUUUUAUUCAAGGCUCCUCCUCAGCCAGCAUAUUGCCUGUCUUUUCAGGUGUUAAGGUAUCCUGUCUGCUUCCUUGAAUGGGCAUUGCUUUUCUUUCAAGUUGGUCAUCUUUUCCAUGAAUAGAUGGGUGCAAUUUUAUUCUUAUGAGAUGAUGAAGAUGGGAUGACCUAUUAUGUCCUUUAGGCCAAAUUGAUCUUUAUAAUCUAUCAGAAUUUAUCUACUUGUUUAAAAGAUUGAUUAUAUGGGUAUUCGGUUUUAAAUUAAAUUCUGCAAGCUUUGUUUGAAAUUUCCCCCUCUGAUUUGUGAUUUAAAAUAGCUAUGUAAUUGAGCCUACUAUAGCAGGCAGGAAAAUUGUUUUAUUGUUAAGGUAUUGUAUGACAGCAGGUCUCAUUUACUGGAAAGAAAUUAUUAAGGAAUAAGCUCUCCAGGAUGAAGUGUUAUAACAUUAUUUGGACUAAUCGAUCUACCGUUCUUUUCAACUA